AGAAAACAUCACAAUCAGCUGACUGGACUUGUAUGUUGAUGAAUAGUUUUGAGACAGUUUAAAGUCAGUUGUUUACUCACUGAAAAUAUUGAGUAAAUAUUUUUGCAUUAUCUUACGUUAGUGAAUAGUUAGCUAUGUUACGACCGAAGGCAUUAACGCAGGUUCUCAGCCAAGCGAACACCAACGGAGUCCAAAGCACACUCUUACUGAAUAAUGAAGGUUCACUGCUGGCUUACUCUGGGUAUGGGGACACUGACGCACGGGUUACAGCCGCCAUCGCUAGCAACAUCUGGGCAGCCUAUGACAAGAAUGGCCACCAAGCUUUCAAUGAAGACAAACUCAAAUUUAUCCUCAUGGAUUGUAUGGAGGGAAGAGUGGCCAUUACACGUGUAGCCAACCUACUACUGUGUAUGUACGCCAAAGAGACUGUGGGCUUUGGAAUGCUUAAAGCGAAGGCAGAAGCCCUGGUGCAGUACCUGGAGGAACCAUUAACCCAAGUGGCCGCAUCGUAGGGAAAAUGUGAUCGAAGUUCUGCCUGUUGUUUCUGUCUGCCUGGAAAAGAAAGCAUCUUAUGAUCCAGGUCAUUCAUGGACUAUUGUAACAUUCUGUUUGUUCACAAAGUGUACAUGCAUAUAUCUGAGUGAGUGAGUGAAUGUUUGUGUGUGUGUGUGGGGGGGUGGGUGGGUGGGGGGUCAGUGUAUUUAUAAUCAUGGUAUUGAAACUAAUCAAUUGUUUGUUUGGGUUUUGACUCUUUGCCCUCGCUUGUGAAUCUGUUCAUCUUAUGGUCUGUCUCUUAAAAUCCACGUCAUUCGUCAGUAGGAAGUCUGCAUGUACAGCUGCUGAAGUGACUUCAUUAUCAACAGGUCCCUUUUGUUGAUUCACUCUAACAUUUUGAAUCCUAUCAGGCAACUAAAAUGCAUAUUAUGACAAAGGUUCAUGGAAACUUUCAUAAGAAUUUUUGUCUGACAAAAAAAAGCAGUGAAGAUUAUUUGCUAUGUUUUAUUUCAAAGCUGUAAAAUAAAGUGGAUUUAU